UAUAAUGAUUGCAUAUUCAUACAAUCCAUUACAUAUAUAUCAAAUUAUCAAUCAAGUAAUGUUAAGCUCAAUCAUGGAGAUUUCUUGGUUAUGCUUAGCACUUUUCAUAAGUUCUCUAAUUAUAUUAUUUAAUCUUUUGAAAAAACAAACACAUAACAAUUUACCACCAGGACCAACAAAGUUACCCUUGAUUGGCAACUUACACCAACUAGCAUGGGGUAACACCCUCCCACACCGUCGCCUCGCCGAGCUGGCGACGGUGUAUGGGCCUAUCAUGCACCUCCGGCUAGGGGAAGUCCCUACCGUAGUCGUGUCAUCGGCUGACACGGCGAGGGAGGUUAUGAAGACUCAUGAUGCGGUGUUUUGUAGUAGGCCAACUCUUAUGGUUGGAAAAGAGAUUUUUUAUGGUUCCUCGGAUAUUGGAUUGGCCCCGUACGGUGAGUAUUGGCGGCAGGUGCGGAAGAUCUCGGUGCUCGAGCUGUUUACGAUGAAACGGGUCGAGUCGUUUCGGGUUAUUAGGGAGGAGGAGGUUGCGGAGUUUGUAGAGUUGCUAAGGGCGGAGGCAGGGUCUGUGGUUAAUCUAAGCAAGAAACUCUUUGGCCUUAGUUUUGAUAUUACAUCAAGGAUAGCCUUCACUAAGAAAGGUAAAGAGCAAGAGGAAUUUCAAGCUCUAGCCGUAGCUGUUACAAAGAUUGCCUCAGGUUUCUCCAUAGUAGACCUCUACCCGUCGCUUGAUUUUCUUCAAUCGAUUAGUGGGAUGAAGAAGAAACUCAAGGAGCUUGUUCAAGAAUCAAAUAGAAUACUUGAUCCUAUAAUUGAUGAACACAAGUCGAAGAUGAGAGAUCAGGGUAAAGUAGAGGAGGACUUGGUGGAUGUUUUGCUCAACUUUCACAAGGAUAGUGUCGCAAAUUCUCAUAACUUCUGCUUGAGUACAGAUAACAUUAAGGCUGUUGUAUUGGAGCUUUUUGGUGCCGGAAGUGAGACAUCAUCAACGGCAAUGGAAUGGGCAAUGUCUGAAUUGCUUAAAAACCCAAAAGCAAUGGAGAAGGCACAAGCUGAGGUACGGCGAGUAUAUCAAAGGGAAGUUGUAGUUAAUGAGACGAAGCUACACAAACUAACGUACUUGAAACAAGUGAUCAAAGAAACCUUACGCCUCCAUCCCCCACUUCCUCUCUUGGUUCCUAGAGAAUCCGUCGAAAGAUGCCAAAUCCAAUCUUGUGACAUACCUAUCAAAUCUCGAGUAGUUAUCAAUGCAUGGGCUAUAGGAAGAGAUCCUAAAUCUUGGUCGGAUCCUGAAAGAUUUAAUCCUGAAAGGUUUGACAAUUGUUCAUCGGAUUACAAAGUAGAUGAUUUCGAGUUACUUCCAUUUGGUGCAGGGAGAAGAAAGUGUCCGGGCAUGGCACUUGGUAUAGCUAAUGUUGAGCUACCGUUAGCAAUGUUACUCUACCAUUUUGAUUGGAAACUACCUAAAAAUUUAGAUAUGGAUGAAUCUUUCGGCAUCACAAUGCGGAGGAAAAAUGAAUUGCAUGUAAUUCCAAUCCCUUGCCCUUAUUAACCAUGAGUAAGCAUGAUUUUUUCUUUUAUUGAAAUUUGAUUUUUCAUGUGUUGAACAAGUUAUAUUGGGAGACUUUGUGGUUUAAUUUUGUUUAGAAAGCAAAUUAGAUGAAGAUCCACGUUUGUUUGUUCAUAUUGUGCUGUUGUUACACCUAUUUCUAGGUGCAUG